ACUAUUCAUCUUGAACUUAAACGCCGCUCAAACCUUCAUACCUCUUUCUCUCGUUUCUUGCUCUUUGAACCAGAAAGCAAACCGAUUCUUCUUCUUCUUCCAUUCAUCGCAUUCGAUCUUCGCUGUAGAAAACCAGAGAAACGCUGGCUUUCCAAUCACUUCUCCCUCCAUCUCCCUGCUUCUCGGCCUCCGCGGUUCCCUUCUCCGUUUUCGUUUUCUAACCUUCUCCAUCUAUCUUCUUCACCCCACUUAUUCCGAUCUUCCUCCGCCUUCUCCUUUCAUUUCCGAACACGACAAGCAGAAGGCAAGGAAGAGGCGAAGCAACGAUCUAGGAAAACCCGGCCACUGUCGCCGGCGUUAGCGGCGACGAUGGAGGCGAAGUUCUGCCCUCGAUCGAGGGAAAAAGGAGGAAAGCCGCAAGCAACUCUUCUUCUCACCGACAACUGAGGAGCAGCCUGGCGGCGGUGAGUUAUGGGAAGGAGGAAGUGGGAACGGCAGGGUGAAGAAGCCCGCCGCCGCCGACUCUGUAUUUCGCCGACGGCGACGACAAGGACAGGAGGGGGAUUUUUGUUUUGGUAAGUGUCUCUUCUCCAGUUUGAGGAGGGGCUGAAGCUGCUUUCCUCUCUCGUCUGGAGUGAAUAAGAAGAAGAGGUGAAGAGAAUCCCCUGUCGUGGGGGAGAAGGAAGAAUAAGAAGCAUAGCCAAGUCUCACCCUUUUGUUCUCGUGGGGAGGAAGAAAGGAAAGAGGAAGAUGUUGUCUGCUGUGGGAAAAGGAAGAAGAGUGGAAAAACAGUAUGGAAGAAGAAGAAGAAAAAGAGAAAGGAAGUCCCUGUUUUUUUUUUAGAGUUUCGGUCGGAUGAAGAAGAGGAGAAGACCUCUUCUAUUUAUGUGUAUGGUGCUUUAGGAGGGGAGGAAGUGGGAAUUUGUAGACCUUAUGCUCCUUUUUGUCUUUCAACCAGAAAAGGAGAAGAAGAAGUUGACUCUGUUUUUCUGUGAGGAAGGGAUUGGAAUUGAGAAGUUUUGCAGAGUUCCCCUGCUGUGUUUUUGGAUUAGAAAAGGAGGAAGUGGAGAGGAGAUUUUGUUUUCAGAGGGAAGUAGGAGUGGAAACUGAAAGGGAAGAGGAAUAAGAAGAAGAAGAGAUGUAGUAUGGAAGAAUGUCGUCGCUCCCCCCUCCUCUCUAAAGAGCAAAGGGUUCUUUUAUAUGGAAUAGGCAGCUUGGUCUCCAAGCAUGCUACAGUGCUGGUUCGGUUCAUGGUCGGACCAAUAUUGGUUUGGGUCCAACUGAGUUUGGUUGACGGGUUUGACCAGUGGGUAUUUGACCAUUGUUGACUGGAUUUGACCCGAGUUGACCAUGACUUUAGGUCUUGAUUUAUUUUAUUGUUGUAUUUAUUUGUAAAUUUAAUGGAAUAGCAUUGUGAUUGUGAUUGUAAUUUUUAUUUAUAUUUGAUUUAAUUCAAAUUUAGUUUAAUAAUA